CCUCUCAGCUUUUUCAUCUGUAAAAGAGGAACGAUGACAUUCGCUGACUGCGCGCUGUCCCAUCUAUCACAGUUGAUUUACUGCUCUGACCAGGCGCACCCUCUCCCAUCUCCUGCCUUAGUUUAUCCCGCCCAUUUUAUUCCAAACCGCGCCUCUGCAGAUGGAGAAACUAAGUCUGCGUGGCCAGCGCUGGGCGGGGACGAGGCCCAGAAUACGGCAAGAGAAAAGUGGAAACUGCAAUUUAGGUGCGGGCAGGGACGAGCACCACAGAGUGAGGUGGGCGGGCGAGAACGAAACCCAGAAAACAACAAGGGCGGAGUGGAGAACUCUAGAGUGACGUGCACAAAGCUAAGGAGAAUCGAGGUUCGGCGCGGGCGGGGACGAGAAGCAGCGCUCUGGCACGCGGGGACGGCGGCCGGCGCGGGCGGGCGCGGCCUUUGUCUCCUCCUCCGGCGCGCUCGGCCGCCGCACCGGCUGCAUGAACCCGCGGCCCCCCACCUCCGGGGCCGCCCGUAGCCCCUGACCUGAUCUGCCCUGCCCUCGCCAUGGCCGAAACCGCCUCCGGCGCGGGGGGCACAUCCCUGGAGGGCGAACGCGGCAAGCGGCCCCCGCCGGAGGGCGAGCCUGCAGCCUCGGCGUCUGGAGUUCUGGAUAAGCUUUUUGGGAAGAGGCUCCUGCAGGCAGGUCGCUACCUGGUGUCCCAUAAGGCAUGGAUGAAGACAGUACCCACGGAGAACUGUGAUGUGCUUAUGACCUUCCCAGACACCACCGAUGACCACACUCUGCUAUGGCUGCUGAACCACAUCCGUGUGGGCAUCCCUGAGCUCAUCGUGCAAGUCCGCCACCACCGCCACACGCGUGCCUACGCCUUCUUCGUCACCGCCACAUAUGAGAGCCUACUCCGAGGGGCCGAUGAAUUGGGUCUACGCAAAGCAGUGAAGGCCGAGUUUGGUGGUGGCACCCGUGGCUUCUCCUGCGAAGAGGAUUUCAUCUACGAAAAUGUGGAAAGUGAGCUGCGCUUCUUCACAUCCCAGGAGCGCCAGAGCAUCAUUCGCUUCUGGCUGCAGAACUUGAGAGCCAAGCAGGGCGAGGCACUGCAUAAUGUGCGCUUUUUGGAGGACCAGCCAAUCAUCCCUGAGCUGGCAGCCCGUGGGAUCAUCCAGCAGGUGUUCCCAGUCCAUGAACAGCGUAUCCUGAACCGCCUCAUGAAGUCAUGGGUGCAAGCCGUGUGUGAAAACCAGCCCCUGGAUGAGAUUUGUGAUUACUUUGGUGUCAAGAUUGCCAUGUACUUUGCCUGGCUGGGUUUCUACACUUCGGCAAUGGUGUACCCAGCUGUCUUCGGCUCAGUCCUGUACACAUUCACCGAGGCUGAUCAGACAAGCCGGGAUGUAUCCUGUGUGGUCUUUGCUCUCUUCAACGUGGUCUGGUCAACACUGUUCCUGGAAGAAUGGAAAAGAAGGGGAGCAGAGCUAGCCUACAAAUGGGGGACUCUGGACUCACCUGGGGAAGCUGUGGAGGAGCCACGACCCCAGUUCAGGGGCGUUCGGCGUAUCAGCCCUGUGACCCGGGCCGAGGAGUUCUACUACCCACCGUGGAAGCGGCUGCUCUUCCAGCUUCUUGUGAGCCUCCCCUUGUGUCUCAGCUGCCUGGCCUGUGUCUUCCUUCUCAUGCUGGGCUGCUUCCAAUUGCAGGAGCUCGUGCUGAGUGUGAAGGGGCUGCCUCGUCUCAUCCGAUUCCUUCCCAAGGUUGUGCUGGCCCUGCUGGUCAGCAUAAGUGCUGAGGGCUACAAGAAGCUCGCCAUCUGGCUCAAUGACAUGGAGAAUUACCGGCUGGAGAGCGCCUAUGAGAAGCACCUCAUCAUCAAGGUUGUCCUGUUCCAGUUUGUCAACUCGUACCUGAGCCUCUUCUACAUUGGCUUCUACCUCAAGGAUAUGGAGCGUCUGAAAGAGAUGCUGGCCACACUGCUGAUCACUCGCCAGUUCCUCCAGAACGUGCGCGAGGUCCUGCAGCCACACCUGUACCGGCGCCUGGGCCGAGGCGAGUUUGGCCUGCAGGCCGCCUGGGAGCUGGCCCAAGCCCUGCUCAGCCUGCUGAGCCUCCGGCGCCCUGCACCUCACCGCCUCGAACCCCAGGCAGAAGAGGGAUGCAGUGGUGGGGGAGGCCGCAGGUGUCUCAGCGGGGGCUGUGGGGCUCCUGAGGAGGAAGAGGAGGCCACGGUGGAGCGACAGCCGGUGGGCGAAGGGGGGGAGGUGGGAGAUGGGCCAAGGGGGGGCAAGGAGGAGGAGGAGGAGGAAGAGGAGGAAGAGGACGAGGAGGACGAGGAGGAGGAGGAGGGCGAGGAGGGUGGCCUCCUGGACUGUGGGCUCCGUCUGAAGAAGGUCAGCUUUGCUGAGCGGGGAGCUAGGCGGCAGCGGCCUGGCCCAAACCCCGAGGCACUCCUGGAGGAGGGGAGCCCCACCAUGGUGGAAAAGGGGUUGGAGCCAGGAGUGUUCACACUAGCCGAGGAGGAGGAUGAUGAGGCCGAGGGGGCUCCUGGCAGCCCUGAGCCAGAGCCGCCCGCUGUCCUGCUCCGCCGAGCUGGGGGUGAGGGCCGAGACCAGGGGCCUGAUGGGGGCCCAGAGCCAGAGCCAGGCUCAGGGGACUCUGCUCGGAGGCAGCGGCGACAGAACCGGGCAUCUUGGAUCGACCCACCGGAGGAGGACCAUUCACCUCAGCUUACCCAGGCUGAGCUGGAGAGUUGUAUGAAGAAGUAUGAGGACACGUUCCAGGACUACCAGGAGAUGUUUGUUCAGUUUGGCUACGUCGUGCUCUUCUCAUCUGCCUUUCCACUGGCUGCACUCUGUGCUCUGGUCAACAAUCUCAUUGAGAUCCGCAGUGACGCUCUUAAGCUCUGCACAGGGCUGCAGCGGCCUUUUGGGCAGCGGGUGGAAAGCAUCGGCCAGUGGCAGAAAGUGAUGGAGGCCAUGGGUGUCCUGGCCAUCGUGGUCAACUGCUACCUGAUUGGCCAGUGUGGACAGCUGCAGCGUCUCUUCCCUUGGCUCAGCCCUGAGGCAGCCAUCGUGUCUGUGGUGGUGCUGGAGCACUUCGCUCUGCUCCUCAAGUACCUCAUCCAUGUGGCCAUUCCUGACAUCCCGGGCUGGGUGGCCGAGGAGAUGGCCAAGCUUGAGUACCAACGCCGGGAGGCCUUCAAGAGACAUGAGCGCCAGGCCCAGCACCGCUUCCAACAGCAGCAGCGGCGGCGGCGGGAGGAGGAGGAGCGCCAGCGGCACGCGGAGCAUCACGCGCGGCGGGAACGGGACGCCAGUGGCCGGGAAGAGUCCAGAGCCGAGGGCUCUGGACUGGACCCUGCUGCCCCUGAGAAGGCCUCAGCCAAGGCCAAGGGCAGUGGGGCAGGUGGCCACGGGUCAGAGCGGCCCAAGCGCCCAGGGUCCCUGCUGGCACCCAACAACGUCAUGAAGCUGAAGCAGAUCAUCCCACUGCAGGGCAAGUUCCUGUCAUCAGGGACUGCCUCCUCGCUAGCUAAUGUGGGGACCAGCCUCACCACACGGCCGCCGCCUGCCCAGUCGCCUACCGGCAGCGACACCCGCCUGCCGGCCUUCCUCAGCUUCAAGUUCCUCAAGUCACCUGAGACCAGGCGGGACCCUGAGCGCAGCCACUCCCCACCCAAGGCCUUCCACGCUGGCAAGCUCUUCCCCUUCGGUGGGGCCCGGGCUGAGGCCGGGUCCAACGGGGCGGGAGGGCAGGCCCGGCCGGAUGGGACCCCUGGCAGUGGCAGCAGCCGGGUUCAGCGGAGUGGGCCGGCAGACGAGGCGGCGGCUGAGGAGCCAGAUGCCCCCCGGCCUGAAGAGGAAGGCUCAGGGACAGCACUGGCCCCAGUGGGCACCCCCACCCUCUGCACCCGCCGUAGCCGGAGCCCCGCGCCACCGCCAUCACCAACGCUGCUGCCCAGGCCCCCGACGCCGCCUGCUGGCUGCUGGCAGUGGGAUGGGCCAUGGGGCUGUGGGGGCGAGGGUGCUGCCCCCCGCCAAGCCCCCACCGAUGCUGCCGAGUGCCCGCCUUGUGCCCUGGCUGGGCCCCCGCCUGCCCUCCAGCCCCUGCCAGGGGACGCCAGCUUCUACAGCCUUCCACCCCCAGUGCUGCCAUCCACCUCUGAGCCCCCUACACCCUCACCCAGCCCCAGCCCCCAGGCUGUGUGCUGGCCUACUGGCUGGCAUUAGCCUCCUCCCACUCCAACCCUCGCCCCCACUCUCUGUUCUGCUCUCAUAUGCAAUACUGACAUGGCAGCAGCCACCACCCAGAAAAUCUACUUGGGCCCCAGUAUUGGUGACCCCAUCCUGGGGCAAGGGCCUGGGGGAGCCGCCCCCAUCUGCCGUUUACCUUUCAACCAGGAUGGGGGAAACAAACAGAAACCCAAAAACCCAACAAAAUACACAAACACAGAAUAGGCGGUUAUUUAUUUGUUUUUAAUUUAUUUUGUCAUAUUUUUGUAAAACGGCAGAAAUGCAAUAAAAAGUAUAUUUCAACAGUGCCAGAAGAUGGAACAGUGGAAGGGGUAUCAGGGGGCCUGGGUGACUUGAAGUUGGCACUGGGGGUACCCCUCCCAUUCUGUGACCCUUGGGGGCCUCCUCCUAAAAACUGGGUCUUGAGGCCACAGAUGGAAAACUCCAGACUGGCCGCUUCCAAGUCAGCUCAAAUUUGGGGGCUGACUCCAGACCCCCCAGGAGGAGUUGCAGGGCAUCAGGCCCUUCCUUCAGGCUCCUAGACAGAAAAAAAGUCUCAAUGUACUAAAAGGACUCAGCAGUUUGGGAGUCGGGCCUGGGCCCUGAGCCAGCCUCAGCCCUGCAGGAGUGGGGCUAUUCUCUUGGCCAUACUUGGCUGGCAUAACCACUGCCAGGACUGCCAUCUAGAACCAGGGGGUAAUAGAAAGAGACUGGAGUGUGAUCACUGGAAGGCAUCUGGCACCCAGGUCACUGCAUUGAGGAUAUGGCACCUUCAGGGGUCCCUGGGUGACAUUAGCAAGUGGCCAGUGUGCCCCACUGUAGGUCAUGCCGAGUCCCUGGGGCUCUGCCAUGUGAUCAGGGAAGACGUCACCUCAUACAUGUCCAACAGGGCCCUGCCCAAAGGUGGAGGAGCCCAAGGAGAGCCACUGAAAAGAAGCGACACUUUGGGGGGACUGUGAGACAUCAGGGUUCACUGAAGGCAGGAGAGCAGCCUGUGCAAAGGCACAGAGGUGUGGGAAGGCAGAGUUUGGUGCGUGGGGAAGCAGAGAGGGUGGGGGCCCAAAGGCAGAACUGGGGAGGUCAGCUGAGGGGCCUGCACAGCCAGGGAACCCCCACCUAUGCCAGAAAUAGCAGUGGCAGGAGCUGUAUAUAGUCUAACGCCCCAAGGGGAACUGGGGCAGAUGGGCAGGGUGCUGCCUGCUCCAGCUGCCUUCUGGCCUCUAAGUCCCCACUUACCCAGUCACUAACAAAGGGACUAACCACCUGCCCACCCAGGUGCUCAGACCAGCCUCUGACUAGGAAUUCCAUACCAAAGUGAGGAAAAGCCCCGAGCUAGGAGGUAAAGCCUCCUACUAUACAGCUAGGCAGCCAGCCCUGGAACCUUCGCCAGGGUGGUGUUGGGCACCCUUCCUCCAAGGCCUGAUGUGUCCUCUAGCUCGUUGGUCCAACCUUUCACCAUUCAAGGCCCUGGCACUCAGCUCCAACCCUGAGGCCCCAUUUGGGACCGGUGAGGGGAGCAGUGGCCUUCCCCUACAGCUUGGGCCCUGUGGUCAGAGCCCUGUACCCACUGUGCAGAACCCAAACACCCUCUAUGGCCCUGAGCUCAACUCCAAAUCCAGCCCAGCUGGAAGCCCUCAUGGUCGUGGAACUCGCAGGCUACCGUCACCCAGGCAUCCAUGUGCCUGCGGUCUGUGCCUGAGGCCGUCUCCACUGCAGCCGGCAGGUGUCCCGGAGUGCAGUCCACCACAGUUCCACCCCGGGCAGCUUGACUGUCUCUUGGGGGCAUCCUGAUCCUCGGAGACACCUUGACAGGUGAAGCAGGGGGCGGCUCCAGAUAGGUGUGAGUGAAGCAAUCACAGCAGACCCAUGAGAGACUCCAGCUGGUCCCAGGG